GGUCCGGACGCUGAUUGGCCGCGGCGCUGUCGGCGGCGGCUCCGCUGUUGCUGAGGGGAAGCGCGAGGGGCCCGGCCGGGGCGAGAGGAGGCCAGGAGCGGACCACGGCUCCCUAAGUCCACACCCAGCCUGGGGGGAAGAUGAAACAGGCAAGGAAGGCUGCCAGUGCUGCCUCUUCCUCCUCCUCCUCUUCCUCCUCCUCUUCAAGCAGCAGCAGCAGCCGUUCCCCACCCUCCACCAGGGCCAAAGCUCAGAAACGCAAGACAGCCAUUGAGGAGGGGCCCAGACCCAAAGAGGGAGCAGGGGAGGAGGCUACCGAUCAACCCCAAGCCUUUGUGGGCGCCCGGCGCAUGCAAGUCCAGAUGGACCCCAGCCUGCGGGAACUGGCGGGAGCUCAUGAUGACCCUUACAAACUGCCCGAGGGCGAGGGGGACCAGGGGGCUGAGACCUGUGGGGCGGAAGCCUCGCUGAACCGCAAGACGGCCACUUUUAAAUCCCGGGCACCGUGCAGAAAGUACCCCGGUGGGGAAGAAUCAAACGGGAGCGAGGGCCCGGCGCUGCCCCCUGAGGACGAACCUCGGCGCUGCCCCUCCUCUAGUACUGACACAGCGAGCGAGCACUCCGCGGACGAAAACGACAAGGGGGUGAGGGACACGUGGGGGACACCGCCGAGCGAAUACGAUCUGCGGCAGCUGCGCUCGCAGCGGGUGCUGGCGCAACGCGAAGGACUCUUUCAGCCAGCCAUAGUGAAGCAGAUCCGCCAAGGGCAGGGCUUGGGCGUGCAGUUUGUCGGGGACCGUGUCACGGCGUACUACGAAGGGGCACUGGGCUUCGGUGCUGUGGAUGUGGUCCUGGAUGCCACGCCUCCGACGGGCGCCUUGACCGUGGGGACGCCGGUCUGCGCGUGCGUGGACCCCGAGGAAACGGCUUAUCGGGAAGGCACUGUGGUGGAGGUGAGCACCAAGCCCGCUUCCUACAAAGUCCGGUUUGCUCGCCCCGUGGUUCUCCCCGGCACUGCUGCUCGUAAAGAUUCCGCCUGGGUGCCACGCUCCGCCCUGCGCCUCCUGCGUCCACCCUGGAGCUGCGAAGCUCCUCCCGAAGACAGCAAGCCACCCGAAAAGCCACCGCCUUUGCCGGAACAGGAGGAGGUUGCUUUGGCCCUCCCGUGCCCGGAGCCGAAGCAACCGGAAGAUGCCGAGGUCUCCAAAAUCAGUGCUGGUGUGCGGACAGAAGAGAAAUCCGUGGUGGUGCCGCCCCAGAUCCUCUCUCCGCCCAAGUCGCCGGCCUUCCCCCGUCUUCCUGAGCAGCCGUCCCCUCUGCUCACCCCGGAAGCGAGCGGGAGCCGCAGCAGCAGCGUCAUGUCGGUGGACAAAUGCAGCACGCCGGGUUCCUCCCGCUCCCGCACGCCCCUGACGGCUGCCCAGCAGAAGUACAAGAAAGGGGACGUGGUGUGCACCCCCAACGGCAUCCGCAAGAAGUUCAACGGCAAGCAGUGGCGGCGGCUCUGCUCCCGGGAGGGCUGCAUGAAGGAGUCCCAGCGGCGGGGCUAUUGCUCCCGUCACCUCUCCAUGCGCACCAAGGAGAUGGAAAGCCUCUCCGAGGGCCGGGCCAGCGGGCUGCGGGAGGGCAGCGCCGAGUUCGACUGGGACGAGACCUCGCGGGACAGUGAGGCCAGCAGCGUGCGGGGGGAUUCCCGCCCUCGCCUGGUGGCCCCCGCGGACCUGUCGCGCUUCGAGUUCGACGAGUGCGAAGCGGCCGUCAUGCUGGUGUCCCUGGGCAGCUCUCGCUCUGGCACGCCCUCCUUCUCUCCUGUCUCCAACCAGUCGCCCUUCUCGCCCGCUCCGUCCCCCUCGCCGUCCCCGCUCUUUGGUUUCCGUCCGGCCAACUUCAGCCCCAUCAACGCCUCGCCGGUCAUCCAGCGGGCUGCUGCGCGCAGCCGUCACGUGAGCGCCAGCACCCCCAAGGGUGUGGGGGGCGCCGUGCUGAGCCCCGAGAUGUUGCAUCACGCUGCCCCCCGGGAGCGCCACCACUCGGGCAUCACCUUCCAGACCAACCUCACCUUCACGGUGCCAAUGAGCCCCAGCAAACGGAAAGCCGACUCCCACCACAGCAGCACGGGCUCGGCAGCCGACUUCCACAAGAACGACAGCCUGGACUCCGGGGUCGAAUCCGUCUCGCACACGCCGACCCCCUCUACGCCCGCUGGCUUCCGGGCCGUGUCGCCCGCGGGAGCCGGGCCCUUUUCCUCGCGCUCCCAGCAGGCCUCUCCGCUCCUGCUGGUGCCCCCGCCAACCGGGCUGACCUCUGACCCCAGCCCUACCGUGCGCCGGGUGCCCGCUGUGCAGAGGGACUCUCCUGUCAUCGUACGCAACCCAGACGUGCCGCUGCCCUCCAAGUUCACCGAGAAACCCCUGGAGGGGCGGGUAGGCAGCCCGCGGAUGGGGAAAGCCGGCUCCAAGGACCAUCCCUUAUCGGGCAAAGGGCAGCUCCAGGUGCCGGUGCCCAUUAACGUAGGCCGGACUCUGCCUUCCAGCCAGCCCAGCGUGGUCUCUGCCCCAGAGCAGGCCCCACCCGUUUUCAGUGUCUCCUCUCCCUUUCAGCCAGUCGCCUUCCAUCCCUCUCCAGCGGCCCUCCUGCCUGUCAUCGUCCCGGGCGAGUACACCAGCCAUCCUGCUCCCAAGAAGGAGAUUAUCAUGGGAAGGCCUGGCACAGUGUGGACAAAUGUGGAGCCGCGGUCUGUGGCAGUAUUCCCAUGGCAUUCCCUAGUGCCCUUUCUGGCUCCCAGCCAGCCGGAUUCCUCAGUGCAGCCCAGUGAAGGCCAACAGCCUGUCAGUCAUCCCUCCACAUCCAAUCAGAACAAAGAACCUCCGGAAUCAGCUGCUGUGGCCCAUGAGCUCCCUGGAGUGUCUUCAGGGGCAGAGACAGGGCGGCCAAACACCUUGCACCCUGACAGCCCACUUCCAGUUCCCCAGCCAUCAGCAGUGACUCCAGGAGCAGGUGGGGGUCCAUCCCAGCACGACGAUGAUGUCUCAGGACACCCACGCCUGGACAGCGAGACAGAGAGUGACCAUGACGAUGCGUUCCUGUCUGUUGUUCCCUCUGAGAUCCAACUCCCACUGCCGCCUGGCAAACGUCGUACCCAGUCGUUGAGUGCCCUGCCCAAAGAGCGAGAUUCUUCCUCCGAGAAGGAUGGCCGCAGUCCAAACAAGAGAGAAAAGGAUCACAUUCGGCGGCCUAUGAAUGCUUUCAUGAUCUUCAGCAAGCGGCACCGGGCCCUGGUGCACCAACGGCACCCCAACCAAGACAACCGUACCGUCAGCAAGAUCCUGGGCGAGUGGUGGUACGCACUAGGGCCCAAGGAGAAACAGAAGUACCACGACUUGGCCUUCCAGGUGAAGGAAGCCCAUUUCAAAGCACACCCUGACUGGAAAUGGUGUAACAAAGAUCGGAAGAAGUCAAGCUCAGAUGUGAAGCCCUCUGGGCCAGGAGUAUGUGCCAAGGAGACACGAGAGCGCAGCAUGUCGGAGACUGGCACUGCUGCUGUGCCAGGAGGCCCUUCUGAGAUGCAGGUGCUACUGGGGCCAGAGGGCAAAGCAGGUGUCGUAGGAUCUGGCCAUGGCCAUGGGGAACGCAUCUUGGCUGCAGCAGGGCCCGGUGCACAGCGCCCACGGGCCUUCUCCCACAGUGGAGUGCAUGGGCUGGAGAGCGACCGUGACAGCCAGGUGCUACAAGAGCUCACCCAGAUGUGCUCCGGACAGUCUGCGUACGUCAGCGGCAAGGGGCAGUAUGGGGGGCUGGGCCCCUCAGGGUCCCCGUUUGCAACUCCUGGGGAGGGCCCUCGCCACUCCCUGCACCCGCAUUCCUCCCGUGCCUCCCGGUCUCAGCGCACAACCAGCGAGGACAUGACCAGUGACGAAGAACGUAUGGUUAUCUGCGAAGAAGAGGGUGACGACGAUGUCAUUGCCGAAGAUGGGUUCAACCCAGCUGACGUCGACCUGAAAUGCAAGGAGCGAGUGACGGACAGUGACAGCGAGGGGUCCUUGGGGGAUGACUCUGAGGGCAAGGGCUAUGGGCGGAAGCUCUUCUCCCCAGUGAUCCGCACAGCAGUGCUGCCCCCUUCCUCUGGUGCCUUUGCCCCCUGCCGUCCGCCACCCACCCUGGAUUUAGAGCCGCCGCCGCCGCCGCCACCACCUCACGGCCAUGACCAGCAGCCCCCUUCCAAAUCUUACGGCUCCUUCCAGAUGGCACCCAGCACCUUCAAGGCCCAAGACUCCCGCGGAGGGUUACGUCCACACAACACCCCAGCCAAGCGCCUGGAGCCGCGCUUCGACUCGGCUCCGGCCCCCUACAGGCGGAAACGGGCAGACAGUGCAGGAGGCUCCCAGGCGGUUGGGGAGUCUGGAGCAGCCCCCCUCACUGCUCCCCCUAUGCACUCCGUCAUCUCUCCGCCCGGCGGGAUGGUGCAGGCUGUGGUGCUGCCUGAUCCCGUCCGCUUGUCCUCUGGCACGGUGCUGGUGACGGCCCCAUCCAUGAGCGCUCCAAAUGUGGGGGUGAUUGGUUACAGCGGGGCACCCAGCCUGGUCCGCACGGCCUCCACCGUCGUCACGAACGUGGUCAAGCCAGUCAGCAGCACUCCUGUACCCAUUGCCAGCAAGCCCUUCCUGCGUGGAUCAGGGGAAGGGCUACCGCUGCUCAGCCCCCCGCCCUCGGAGGGGAACCCUAAACCUGAUGGGAUCUCCGUGGGGCGCAUUGGUCUUCUCUAUGCCGAUAAGAAGACUCCGCAGUCUUCUGUGAUGCCCGGGAUUCAAGCCGCAUCUCCUCAUCUAGUCGCCGGGCCGCUCAUCGGGCAGGGCUUGGCUGCUGUGGGGAAGGGCCCCCCAAGCCAGGGCAGCGUCGUGACCAACCUGCUUGUAGGUACUCAAGGAUACGGGCAAGCCGGAGGGGCAGGAGGGGCUGGAGUCCCAGUGACGGUGUUGCCUCCUGGUGCCAUUACCCAGCAGCCCUCCGUGCAGUUCAUCACCCAGAAUCCACCUGGGCAGAAUGGUCCAGUGCCCCUCAGCAUCCUGCAGCCUCAAAGCAUCCUGUCGGGGGCAGCGGGCAAGGCUGGCGGCAUCACUCAGGUGCAGUACAUCCUGCCCACGUUGCCUCAGCAGCUGCAGGUGGCUGGAGGGAAGGUGCCGGCAGGAGCAGGCGCCCCCGGAGCCACUAGCAUCCACUUCACUCUGCCUCCAGCCAAUGGGAAGGUGAUCACCACACCUCAAGCCAUCCCCAUCAUCCAGCCUGCCCCAGGAAGCAGCAACAGCAGCGUCACUGUCAUGUCCUCAUCGCCCAAAGUUCAGUCAGUGUCUCCGGUACAGGUUCCCUCUCCUGGCAGUUCCACCCACCUUGUGUCUGGACAGGUGAUGCCUCCUGCAGGGCUCCAGGUGCAAGGCAAAGUCCUGGUGCCCAUGGCAGCCCCCCAAGUGACAGUGAGGACCACCACCACCGCCCAACUUCCUUUGGUGACUCAGCCUUUCCCAGUUCCAGUGCAAAAUGGGAGCCAGCCAGCCAGUAAGAUCAUCCAGCUCACUCCAGUGCCAGUGGUCCAGCCCCAGCCGUCUUCGCAAAGCACCGCCACCCUGGUCCCCCCGCUCAGCCCAGCUGCUCUCCAGGGCACUGUAGCUACCGCAGUGGUGGGCUCUCCGAGCCAAACCCAGAAAGUCCUCUUGCCCUCCUCCUCCACCAGGAUCACCUAUGUGCAGUCGGCAGCUGGGCACCCUCUGUCCCUGGGCAACUCGGCCUCCCAUUCACAGCCCAGCGGCCCCCCGACCGCAUCUGCCACCACCUACGUCCAGUCCCCAGUGGGCCCUGCCCCCAUGGCACUGGGUUUUACAACUAUCGGGCCAAACGGGCAGGCCAUAGUGCAGCCACUGCUCUCGGGUCAGAGCCCUCUCUUGGCUCCAGGGCAAGUGGGCAUGUCCCCCCUUCAGAGCCCCCAGCUCCCAGCUUCCUGCGCUGGACAAGGGCAGGUGAUCACUGCCAUCUACCCCAGCCCCACUGGGACCAGUCCUGCUCAGCCAGCCAGUCACAGUGUGGUCUACACGGUGGCAGCCACAAGCACAGCCACUGUCUCCUCUCCCACAGCUAUCCUGCCCAAGGCGGGAGGCAGCAGCAGCAGCACUCAGAGCCUUGGGGGUUCCAGCCAGGGACUGAUUUCCACAGCCACCCAGGUCGUUCCUUCAGCAACUGCCCGACCUCAGCGGCCACCGCUCAAGCCACCUCAGAAGGUGAAAGCUGCCAUCGCCAGCAUCCCUGUUGGCUCUUACGAGUCGGCCCCCUCGCCAGGUUCAGUUCGGCCUCCUGUGGGACAGCAGCAGGAAUCUGGGGGCGCGCGAUACCAUCGGGAGGCUGAAGCCAUGGAGCGGGCUUCACGGGAGACGGGACCCCAAGAGCCCCCCUCUUCUCCUGCAUGUCGGGGUACUGAACAGAGCCCAGCCAAAGCCCAGGAGUUGAAGCGGGAUUCUUGGGAGCCAGUGUCACCCCCGUCACCCCAGCAGCCGCAAGUGACCGAGACAGUAACCACAGAAGUCUGGAGUCAGCGGGAAACAGCAGCAGGGCCCAGUGAAGAGAGGACGGUCCGUGACCCUCAGCCUGUCCCUCCGCUGGGCAGCAAAGGCCCCGAGACGGCCCUGAAAUUCCCCACUUCUCCCGACUGGAGGACGGCGGGUCCUGAGGGCCGCUCCGAAGCUUCAGCACCAUCCACAGGCCCAUCGUCCUCACUCAGCCCUGGCCCUUCAAACUCCGGGGAGGGCUCUAGAGGCGGCGCUUCUGCAACAGCAACAGCCUCGACAUCUGAAGGGCCCGAGCCAAAGGAGGGACCACCAGGGAAAAAAGUGAAGGUUCGGCCUCCUCCGCUGAAGAAAACUUUUGACUCGGUUGACAACAGGGUUCUGUCAGAGGUGGAUUUCGAGGAGCGCUUUGCUGAGCUGCCUGAAUUCAAGCCUGAGGAGGUGCUGCCCUCGCCCACUCUGCAGUCGCUUGCCACCUCACCCCGUGCCAUCCUGGGCAGUUACCGUAAAAAGCGCAAGAACUCCACUGACCUGGACUCCUCCACCGAGGACCCCAUCUCCCCCAAGCGGAAGAUGCGGCGUCGCUCCAGCUGCAGUUCAGAGCCCAACACUCCCAAGAGCGCCAAGUGCGAAGGAGACAUCUUCACCUUCGACAAAACCGGCACAGACUCGGAUGACGUACUUGGUGAGCUGGAGUACGAGAAGGUGCCGUACUCGUCGCUCCGACGCACCUUGGACCAGAGGAGGGCUUUGGUCAUGCAGCUCUUCCAGGAUCAUGGCUUCUUCCCUUCAGCCCAGGCUACCGCAGCUUUCCAAGCCCGCUACUCCGACAUCUUCCCUACCAAAGUCUGCUUGCAGCUCAAGAUCCGGGAAGUGAGACAGAAGAUUAUGCAAGCAGCCACCCCGACGGAGCAGGCGCCAAGCACACCAGAGCCCGGAGGCCCCGCCGGCCAGGGCAGCACCGCAGAGGGGCAGCCUUUGGAGCUGUCCCUCCCGCAGGACUCGGCACAAGGAGCGGAGGCCGCCGCCGCUGCCACCCCAACCGCCACCCCGUCUACCACGGCAGCUGGUUGGGACUGUAACCAGCAAUCUUCUCCAGGGGGCGGCGGCGGCGGCAGCGGCAACACCAGCAGCAGAUGAAUGCCUCCGAACAGCUAAGCGAGAUAAACAGCCUUGUGGAUGGGGGAACUCGGAGCUCUGCCCCCAUCCCUCCUCCCCACUCAUGCCCUUCCCCUGCUAAUGUCACCGCUCCCCCUGCCACUGGGACUGAAAGGGGAGGCCGCUGCCCACGCCGACUCUUCCUCUGCUCCCUUCUUGCACUCCUGUCCAGCCGUUCUAAUCCGAAAGGGAAGGGCUUGUGGACUCCUGCGGGUUCCUCUGCACCCCCCCUCCUCCCGAGGACUCAGUGGAGGUGCUGAAAUAUCAACCAUUCCAGGACACAGACUUUGCCCUUGUUGGGGAGGGGGGUACCAAGGGCCAUCAGCAACAAACAUCUGUAAAGUGACGGCUUCUACUUUCAAACCCCCCCCCCUCCUGCCCUUUUAACAAUGUUAAAUAUUUUGAGAUCCCACAUACUCAUCGCUUCUGUGUCAGUAACUGGGGCGGAAAGGAGGGUCCUUCCCACCCGCUGCUGCAGUGGGUGGGCGAGGGACUGUUUACAGCCCUCCCUCCUGGGCAGGGUCUUGCUGGGGUCACUCGGACAGCUGGGUCACUGGAGGAAGAAUAGGAAAGCACAUCCAGACUGCUGCCAGGGUCAGUUGGGCUUUGGAGACGACACCUGUCCCUCUGUCUGGUCAAGGUUCUGCUUUGAUGAGGAGAGGGGAAGGGGGGGCGUUGUUUGGGGGAGAGACGUUGUGUGUGCAGCGCAGCCGAAAUCUGGAUAGGAGACGAGAGGGGGUCUUGGGGCAGGGGGGCUGGCCCAGCACGGAUUGCGUAAGAACCAAGAGGGCGGGUGCUGGUGGAUGGAGGCUCCCCCUCCCCCACGUGUGAGUGCCCUGGUGGCCGCGGCCACAUGUUGACCAUGUGUAGCCCCUUCUGUAUUGGGGUGGCCCCACCUCACAUACUAUUAAAGCUCUUUAACAAUC